UGUAAAAUCAGGGGGAAAAUAAUAAAUAGAUUUUUUGAAAAAAGUUUGAGCGAUUAUAGAACAGAGCUGGUGAAGCCAUUUCAUAACAGAAUCAAGAACUGAUUUUUCUGUUAUAAUUCCCACCCAUUAUUUGUUUUCUUGGAUUCUCAUUGAUCUUUUCUCCCUGGUGAGAAGUUAGUCUCUUCUUUCCAUUGAUUUUUCCAGCUCUUACAUAAUAGGUGAAACAUGUCUGCUUACUUCUACUGUCGUAGCUGCGGAACUGCAGUUGCACUUGUUGACGAUUACGAUCGCUCUGUAGACGACUUAGUGAAUGCAAAGUUCUUUCCUAGAGUGCUUAAUGUUGAAGUAACAAAGGAUGAGCGAUAUCAUCCAGUAGAAGAUGGCAUGAAACUAGCCGAGACUUACUGUGCUCAAUGUAAAACCCUGCUCGGGUGGAAACUUAUUGCAACCUCCCAACCAUCUUGGAGUCAUAGAGUAGGAGGAUUCUAUAUGAUACUGAAGGAGCUUAAGUUCUGGAACGAUGAAAUGUCACCUAAUUUUCCCUUUGUAGGCAAUAAUGCACAGGCUCCUAACGAUCAAGACGGAGGUACAGAUGAAGAACAGAAUACUGAUCAAAAUGUUGAUCAAGAUGGAGGCGCUAAUGAACAGCAUCGUGAUCAAGAUGGAGGCCCGCCAAUGAAACGACCAAAGAUAUAGAUCAACUGGCUGAUGGAAUAGAUGAAAAUGCAGACAUUGAUAGGCUACUCAUUCUGAUAUUCUGCUUAUACAAAAUACUAUAAUUCAUAGUUGAGUAAUAUUCUGUUUUGAGAUUGCACUACAUAUUCGUAUUUUACUUCAGGUUGGAAUAAACAAACCAAUUGACACUGAACUUUUUACAUGUU